ACAGCCCAGGAAGUGUGUGUGUUCACUGCUUAGUGGUACUUAAAUCUGCCACUGAGUGUGAGUGUGAGGAUUUGGAGAUCUUGGAAUCUGCUUAAAACAAAAAUGUUUUUUCGAAUCCUCUGUUUUCCUGGCAGUCUUUCUGCCAUUGCAGUGGGCAUCCUUUUGGUGAUAGUGCACCGGCUUCCAGUUUUGAAGAAGUACUUGGGAAAUACUCAGAAAAAAGCCACCUUUGGGCAGCAGCGGAAUCUGCCAUGUAUUGCACCGCUGGUAACCACAGUGGAAGAGACCCCACAAGUCAUCUCUGCUGAAGUUCGGGGACAUUUUCCUGAGUGGCUCAGUGGCUAUCUACUUCGAAUUGGACCUGGGAAAUUUGAGUUUGGGAAGGAUAAGUAUAAUCAUUGGUUUGAUGGAAUGGCUUUGCUUCACCAGUUCAGCAUGGCAAAAGGCACAGUGACUUACAGGAGCAAGUUUCUAGAGAGUGAUUCAUAUAAGGCCAAUAGUGCUCAAAAUCGAAUUGUUAUCUCAGAAUUUGGCACACUGGCUCUUCCAGAUCCAUGCAAGAAUGUUUUUGAACGUUUUGUGUCAAGGUUUGAGCUACCUCAAAAUGCAGCCAUGACUGACAAUACUAGUGUCAACUAUGUGCAGUAUAAGGGUGAUUACUACGUUAGUUCUGAGACCAACUUUAUGAAUAAAGUGGACAUUGAAACUCUGGAAAAGACAGAAAAGGUAGAUUGGAGCAAAUUUGUUGCUGUGAAUGGGGCAACUGCACAUCCUCAUUAUGACCCAGAUGGAACAGCAUACAAUCUGGGGAACUCUUAUGGGCCACAAGGUUCCUACUAUAAUGUUAUCCGGGUUCCUCCAGACAAAGUGGACCUUGGAGAGACAAUCCAUGGAGCCCACGUGGUAUGUUCUAUUGCUUCUGCAGAGAGGAUGAAGCCUUCUUACUUCCAUAGCUUUGGAAUGACAAGGAACUACAUAAUCUUCAUUGAACAGCCUCUAAAGAUGAAUCUGUGGAAAAUGGCCACAUCUAAAAUUCGGGGAAAGGCCUUUUCAGAUGGGAUAAGCUGGGAACCCCAGAACAAUACACAGUUUCAUAUUGUGGAUAAAUACACUGGACAGCUUCUUCCAGGAAUGUACUACAGCAAACCUUUUGUUACUUUUCAUCAAAUUAAUGCCUUUGAGGACGAGGGCUGUGUUAUAAUUGAUUUGUGUUGUCAAGAUAAUGGAGAUUGCCUAGCAGUUUACCAAUUACAGAAUCUCAGGAAAGCUGGGGAAGGACUUGAUCAGGUCUAUAAUUCAGCAGCCAGAUCAUUCCCUCGAAGAUUUGUUUUGCCCUUGAAUAUAGGUUUGAAUGCCCCUGAAGGAGAGAACCUCAAUCCAUUGUUCUAUUCUUCAGCCAGUGCUGUGAAACAGGCCGAUGGAAAGAUCUGGUGCACUCAUGAAAAUCUACAUCAUGAAGACCUAGAAGAGGAAGGAGGCAUUGAGUUUCCCCAGAUCAACUAUGGCCAAUUUAGUGGCAAAAAGUAUAAUUUCUUCUAUGGUUGUGGCUUUCGACAUUUGGUGGGGGACUCUCUGAUCAAGGUUGACGUGGUGAAUAAGACACUGAAGGUUUGGAAAAAAGAGAACUAUUAUCCCUCAGAACCUGUUUUUGUUCCAGUACCAGGAGCCACUGAAGAAGAUAGUGGGGUUAUUCUUUCUGUGGUGAUCACACCCAAUCAGAAUGAAAGCAAUUUCCUCCUAGUGUUGGAUGCCAAGAACUUUGAAGAACUGGGCCGAGCAGAAGUACCUAUGCAAAUGCCUUAUGGUUUCCAUGGCACCUUCGUACCCACAUGAUAAGACAACUACAAAGCCUGGAAACUAAGUUUAAAACUGCUGAGCUCAAUACAGAGAGUAAAAAGAGUACCCUGCCUCCCAAACCAUAGACAUUGGUUUUUAAAUGUCUAUUAAACAGAAUUCAUGAAAUAAUUAUGGUUUUAUUUUUUCU